AUGAAUAACUUCUUCACUCCGAAGCGCAGGGCUGCUCGCUGCACGAAAAGUAUCGACGACUUCACGUUUAGGCUUUCUGCGUUUAUAUCAUCUCUGUGGUUUCGUCACGUGGCUCCGAGCGGCAUAAUGCGUUUUUCAGAGUUCUGUGAAAUUUUAGGGGUUUUGUCGAUGCUUCAGGAGACGCAAAUAGCAGAUAGACUUUUUAAAGCAUUUGACAGAGACCACAACAAACAACUGAACUUUACUGAGUUUGCGGUUGCGCUGGGUACAAUGAUGUGCGGCAAGGAAGAAGAUAAACUCGAUUUAGCCUUUCGCAUACUCAACCCCGAAUAUACGGGGACAGGAGCAAGUCUAUCAGAUUACGAACUAGAAGAAGAAGACAGCAGUUCGCUUGCAGAGUCUUCUUCACCCAGUCAGCAAACACCAUUAGAACCCUCAAGCCCUUCUGCUGCUGCUGCUGAUGUUGAUGAUGAUGAUCAGCAGCAGCAGCAGCAGCAGCAGCAGCAGCAGGAGCAGGUGCAGCAACAGUUGCAGCAGCAGCAGCAAGAGGAAGUGCAGCAGCAGAAGCCAGCUGCUGAGAAUGGUGACAUGCAGCAGCAAACCCUUUCUUUGCAUUCUAGUAACCAGCAGCAGCAGGAGCAGCAGCAGCAGCAGCAGCAGCAGGAACAGCAGCAGCAGCAGAAGCAGACUUCUCCUGUUUCUCUUUCUCCUGUUCGGCAGCCUCGACAGAAGCAGCAGCAGCAGCAGCAGCAGCAGCAGCAGCGGCAGCGGCGACUGAACCCUGCGGUAAAUAUGAUGAAGUAUUACAAGGCUGCGGAACGCGCAGGAGGAGCUCCGAACGACAACUACAAAACACCCCUGCCGCAGCAGCAGCAGCAGCAACAGCAGCAGCAGCAGCAGCAGCAGCAGCAGCAACAGCAGCAACAGCAGCAGCAGCAGCAGCAGGCGGAGCAUGCUGAGAGGAGACAAGUACAGCAGCAGCAGCACCAGCAGCUGCUGCAAGACGAACAGCAGCAGCACCUGCAGCAGCUGCAGCAGCUGCAGCAAUGUGCAGAGCGCUUAGAAGAGAUAGAAAGGAAAUUCAGCAGACUUAAACAUGAUUUAGAAGACCCUGAAGCCCUCGAAGGCACGGACAGAGGCUCUGCUCCGCUGCCGGGAGAUGCGGCGAAUUUCCCUGGAGGCAAAACAGACUCGAGCAGCCUACCUUUGUGGCGGCGACACAUUGCAACUCUCAAAAGGGACAACACCUACAGGCUGAAGAUGUACAUCAACAAACCCAUGCUAAGGAGACGCAGAGGCGUGACGGCUGCUGGGGGUUCUGCGAUGGGCAGAGCAGGUGCUGAGGAUGACAAGUAA